UUUGUUGUGGUUGAUAAUUUGAUAUUGUGAAUACUAAUUAAGUGCUGACAACUUUAAAAAUAUAACAUGGAGUAUCAAGAAACGAAAACUCCUCGCAAAAGAGUAGCCAACUUCACAGCCCACGAAAAAGCAUUGUUGGCUAAAUUAAUAAAAAGUCAACCAAUAGUGGAAUCAAAAGCUACAGACGGUAAAUCAGUCGUCAAAAAAAACGCGGCCUGGGCGUUAAUCACAAAAGAAUUUAAUUCUAAUUCCAAUGUACAUAAGCGUGAAACUAUUACAUUGAAACGGGCAUGGGAUAAUAUGAAAGCGGUCAUUCGUAAAUCUUAUGCUACAGAAAGGCCCAAUGUUCCUCCUCUGUCACCACAACCAGGGCCCAUUUUAAGUAUGGCCAAGGAGGUGCCUCCAAUGACAAUGUCUGAAAUUAACAAUCCACAUGACAGUGAUAGCACAACAUUGAAUACAGUCAAAAACAAUAAGGAGGAAGAGGUUCUAGAAGAUUUUGAUAACUUAGAUAUUUAUAGCAUUGACUGCGUUCAUGUUCAGUAUAAAAACAAUUCUCCAGAAAACUUAACGGUUGAAGAUAAAGAAACCUAUCAAAUUGAAGAUAAAGAAGAUUGCAAAGAUUACAGCAACAGUAAAAAAAAUACACAACCAAAGGAAUCGACUAAUCGAACACGCAGACCUAUGGACUACAUCCGUCGAGAGGCUGUAAUGAGAAUAAAACAUUUGGAAAUUAAGAAAAAAUUAGACAUUGAAAUAUUAAAAACACAGUUGGAAGUGGAACAAAUAAAGAAGAAAUCUGCAUUGUUAGAAGAAGAGCGAAAUAAAUGUUUAUUAGAAAAAACUAAAAUCGAAUUAGAGGAAUUAAAGAAAUUACUGGCAAAAUAGUUUUUGUAGUAAAUUGAAAAAAAGGAUUAUAAAGAAAAAGAUCCUCUGAGAUCGGAAAUGGUUGGAU